GGAAGUGAUGAUAUUAAGAGACAUUGAAGUGAUGUAUGCAUGGAGAAUAAAGGGCGACAUCACCAUGUACCUACUUAGGUCUAUCACCAAUGCUGGUGUCGUCGGAUCGAGGCUAGAUUCAGCUUUUGAUUAUUCAAGAAACUGAAGGACUUCGACAUAUAUAAUAAGCUUAACAGGUCUUAUGGGCUUGAUUAAGAUUUGUUACUUAGCGGGAUAUACCGCCAUACUGGAAAUUCACUGCGGCAACGAGCAGAUACAUCAAGAAAUAAGUUUCAAUUCCAUAUAACCUCCACCUUCGAAAGUAUCGACUUUCCUUUCCUCGCUCGUUCGACCUCAACAACGUCAAAAUCGUAGUGUAAUCAGUAAGCAUUACAACAUGAUUUUGAAUAUCCUCAUCGUACUAUGGGCCAUUUGUGGAACUGCUGCCGCAGCCCCUCGGUAUGGUCCUGUCGAGUCUACCGUCACUGUUUACGCCUCUUGCUCUGAAACUCCAGCUCCAUUCCCAACUGCUAUAGCAAGCGAUCGUAUGGCACAGGUUUCUGCAAAUACGCCUCUCCCCCUCUAUGUCGCACCGACUGCUUCCACCUUUUCGUCUACAGGAUUUUCGAAGCCAAGUAGGACUAUCGAAGCUUCUCAAUCAUCAAAGCCUGUUGGAACACUCGAGACCGCCGCUGAAGUAAGACAAAUCUCUCAGUCAUCCAAUGACGUCUUUUCCUUCAUAGUCGUCGAAGGUACGACUAGCUGGUUGAAUGGACAAACGCCAACUAGCACACCAAGUCAAUCUUUCGUCGUCAUUACGAGUGCUAUCACAGUGGUUCCAUUAUCAAUUCCACCUCUGCCCGCAUCGGCAUCGAUGUCUGGCAGUGAAGUUGUAAUUAUAUCCACAGAAACUGUUAUACCUCUUUCAACUGUCCCAUCUCUGGCUUCUCCAGCUCCAUAUUCUUCGGCAAAAUCUUCUGGCAGUGAGUCUGUGGUUAUAUCAACGGCAACGGUCAUUCCCCUGUCCACUCUGCCAUCGCCUCAAUCGUCAUCAAUGACAAGCAAAACCAAAUCAGUAUCUACCAUUGAGCCUGUUGUUUUGUCAACAAAACCAGCCACCCUUCUGCCAACUACUUCCCCAUCAUCUUCAUCAGUUGCAAGUCAGCCAGUGUCCAGCAGUAAUAUGUUAAUUACGUUAACCACUACAAAAACAACUGUUGUUCCUUUUUCAACUCUACUUCCAACGACAGCCGCUAGUAGUAAACCUACAUUUACACCAACCGGCGUAAUUUACUCUUCACAGUCCAAUACAAAUCAUACUUCUACCACUGGAACGAUUAUUUCCAAUACUUCCACAUUCAUUUCGGAAACUCCUAAGAAUGUAGUUGUUUCUACCUCCGUGGUUUCUUUCAAUCUCUCUUCUAUGACUAGCAAUCUUUCGACCAUCGCAACCCCGAUUUCUAGCUUGUCUUAUGUCUCAAGCCUAGCUAUGUCAAGGCCUGAAGUCUCCAGGAGCAGUAUCAAACCGGUCACCUCAUCUCAAUCAGCUUCAGGUAGAAUAUUCACCGGUAUUGCUUCUAAAGCUGGCGGGUGGAAUUCAACUUCGCAAACAAUAUCUGAAUCGUCAUUUGAUACACAUGCGGCUGUUACAAUUGGGUCCAUGACUAUUUUGACUCGAGUGGAAGCAUCUCAAGCCGCUAUUCAAACUUCUAAUCCUAUUUUCGCCAAUCUGACUACUUCGACGUCAAUCUCAAGCUCGAUUUCGUUAUCCAAGAAUAAUUCAUUUCCUACGCAUACUUCAACCACAAACUCAAAUCCGAUAUCUAGCUCCAACUCGAUUUCUGGAUUUAAUGCAACAUCUUUCAGUUCUUCAUUUUUGAAGUCUACUUCGAUCUCAAUCUUGACUCUAGUAUCCAAUGACACUUCAACAUCCCAAUCGACACCCGCUUCUACAGCCGCUUCAAUAUCCAAUUUCAUUCCAGUAAUCAUAAGACCAACCUCCGCCACUUUCCCCAAUUCAACAUCCUCCACAUCUACUAACAUCAUAUCCUCAGCUAUACCUACAAAGUGUGGAGAGCGUGGAGAUUUUUUAUUGACUUUCGAUGACAUCCCACCAUUAUCCAUCUCCAACGCAAGCGAUACCGACGUACAGCCCGAGCCGUUAUUCAACCCCUACCACCAAUUUCUCUUCUCCUCCGGUUUCACCGUCGUUCCCCCACCAAAACGUCUCCUUUCCCUUCCAUCUUCAAAACCACUACUCCUCGAAUUCAUCCCAAACUUCACAGCCAAUUCGUCAAAUAGAAAAACAGGCUCAAACGCCGCAGACCAAGGUUUCUCAGGCCAAAUAGGAAGUGCCGACGAAGGACUCACGGGAUGUUUCAAUUUCAAUCUCUACGGAGCGUCACUCGGUUGUGAUUCCAUGGGUCCUCCAUGCGAUUUCACAUUUACUGGAUAUAAGUACGAUGUAGCUUCUAAAAACACCUCUCAAGUAACUCAACAAACCAUCAAUGUUCCAGCAUGUCCUGAACUUUCGAAUUGCGUUUUGACGAACGUGAAUUUGAAUUCGAGGUUUAAGGAUUUGACGUAUUUUUUUGUAAAUGUUACAGUGGCUGGAAGACCAAAGCUUUGGUGGAUGGAUGAUCUUCGUCUGGGCUGGUCGGAUGAUAGUUGUGCUAUGGGUCUUUGUCGUCAGAAUGCUCAUGUGCGUUAGGUACUGCGGAGAAUCCGACUUUCUCAAUCAGUUUGGCAGUGGAAAGGGAAGGAAGUGUGAGAUUCCUGUCUUUUGGGCAUCCGCAUUCAGAGCUCGGGAUCUUAAGUUAGACAGACAGGAUCGAACCUAUGCGAUUUCUGAAAUAGCCACAUACAUUAGCGGGCUAGACAUGACGGAAGGGAGAGCGAGUAGAUGAAAGAAGGAUUUCCCGUUUUCGAUGCCCGCUGCAGAAGUUCAGGGGACUUUGCACAGAAAAUUAAAAUAUGUUGAUUUGAUGCGCGAGGAAUGCAUAAACAAGCAAGCUACUUUAUAAUACAUUUCAUUUCAUUCCCCCUGAUUCUGUUAUUUUUGCUUCUUUCUUUACCACGCAUAUACCUAAAUACUGAUAUGGAAUUGCUUACUUAUUACACUGAUGAUUGUGUUCGGGCUUGGGGAGCACAGAUCGUCUACAUCCUGAAAUCAUCUGAUAAGCAAAAGAAGUUGCAUUGGACUUUUUCCCUUUAUUAAGCUAGCUAUCUAUUCCCAAGACUAUCUCACACGAAAUAAUGAAAGUUCAACAGUUCAGGUAUCAAUUAGGAAUCUAGAAGUGAUGACGUACCCAAAGGAGACGCAUCCAUCCA